AUGGCAAACGGAAGUCUAGAGAAGUGGUUGCACGGAGAUGGUCAUGAUCAGCUGAAAAGGGACUUGAAGUUUACUCAAAGGCUAAACAUAGCUAUAGAUGUGGCUUCUGCGUUGGAUUAUCUGCAUAAUCAUUGUCAAACGUCACUCAUACAUCGAGAUUUAAAACCGAGCAAUAUUCUUCUUGAUGAUGACAUGAUUGCUCGUUUGGGUGAUUUCAGGCUAGCCAGGUUCUUAUCUGAAGUUGGGCACACUGGUUCGAUUGGAAUGAAGGGAUCUAUUGGGUACAUCCCUCCAGCAUCUACACAAGGAGAUGUUUACUGCUAUGGAAUCCUUCUACUGGAGAUGAUCACCGAAAAGGGGCCAACUGAUGACAUGUUUAAGAACAAUCUAAGCCUUCAUCAUUUUGCUAAGUUGGCUUUGCCUGAACAAGUAAUGGAGAUUGUUGACCCACAACUGCUCGUAGAAGAAGCUGAAGUUACUCAGCACAAUGAAAAUCAUGUCAAUAGAAGAAAUAGAAUGCAUGACUGCUUGAUUUCAAUGGUCAAAAUUGGUGUGUUGUGCUCUGUAGAAUCUCCAAGAGAACGGAUGUUGAUGAGAGACGUUGUUGUAGAAAUGCAUGCAAUCAAGGACUUGUAUCUUGGGACCGGUAUUCACCGAGACAAACAAGUUAGGUCACAAAUAUUAGAUGAAGGUUCGUCUUACCUUAGUCAUUAUUAA